CACUACCCCAAGGCAUAGGGGUUGGGCUUGCUUAAUUUCAAGCUAUCUUUACAUGGCUCUGGAUGUAGAGUAAUGUGUUUUUAAACUAUUUUUUUCUCGGCUUGAAAUUAAUAUCUGCCAUGACAGUCUAACACCGGCUGCUCGUUCAAAACUCACUCACCAGUAGGUUGCAGUAUGCACCAUCAGCUGGCAACGACUAGCAAACAAACCAAGUAAAAAAAAACAAGGAUCUAAAUAACUACAGCUCCCAUGGUUCCCCUUUGGCUACGAACGGACUACAUGUACCAAGUCAACAAGCUGCGAACUGAACUAACAGGCUUGAAUCUCCUCUGAAAUAUUUUGUGAAGUGAAAGCAUCUCUCUGCAACAUUAGUUUGCUGCCUUGAGACAUGGACCAGGACAACAAUUCAGAAGAUGAGUCAAUAGGUCCAUCUGAAGAUGCUUCUGAAGAUGACCUGCCUAGUCUUCCCCCUGGGCUAUCGGACACUGAGGCUGUGGAGCUGUUGUGGCAGGUGCGUGCCCAGAAACGCCAAGCCUCCCCUGACCUUCCAGAGACGGUGACCCGUCUGACCGCCCCAGAUGGCAGUCUGCUUUACCUGGUGGGCACUGCCCACUUCAGCGAUAGCAGUAAAAAUGACGUGGCCAUGACCAUCCGUGCGGUGCAGCCAGAUGUAGUGGUGGUGGAGCUGUGCCAGUACAGGGUGUCCAUGCUGAAGAUUGAUGAGAAGACCCUGCUAAAGGAAGCCAAAGACAUCAACCUGGACAAAGUACAGCAGGCCAUCAAACAGAAUGGUGUCAUGUCAGGCCUGAUGCAGAUCCUGCUGCUGAAGGUGUCGGCCCACAUCACAGAGCAGCUAGGCAUGGCUCCAGGAGGAGAGUUCAGGGAGGCCUUCAAAGAGGCGGGCCGAGUACCUUUCUGUAAGUUCCACCUGGGGGACAGGCCCAUCCCGGUCACGUUCAAGCGGGCCAUCGCUGCUCUGAGCCUGUGGCAGAAGGCCCGGCUGGCAUGGGGGCUAUGCUUUCUGUCCGACCCCAUCAGUAAGGAGGACGUUGAGAAGUGCAAACAGAAGGACCUAUUGGAGCAAACCAUGUCAGAGAUGAUAGGGGAGUUCCCUGCCCUGCACCGCACAAUUGUGGCCGAGCGCGACAUCUACCUCACGCACACCCUCCGCCAGGCUGCACGCUGUGUGGAGGCGCCCCCUAAUUCCCAGAAAGUGCCUGCUGUGGUGGUUGGAGUGGUGGGGAUGGGCCACGUCCCUGGCAUUGAGAGGAACUGGGAUAAGGAGCUUAACAUUCACGAGAUCAUGAGUGUGGCACCCCCGUCUCGUUUUGGCUGGGUCUUACGCACCGUGCUAAAGGGGGCGAUGUUAGGAAUGCUGGGAUAUGCAUGCUACCGUGCUGGAGGUGGCGUGGGGAGGGCCCUGUUGUCCUUACCUGCUGUCCAAUCACUACUGGAGAACCUUCGGCCGCCUGCUGCUUGAUAUGGACUCUCCCCAUGACCCCAUCAAACCUUUUGCACCAAUGACAUGAUCCUCCCAAUAUGAAAAAAAACCAAUGCAUACACCACCAAUGGCCUUAAAGAAAAGGGGAGAGGCUAGAGAGAGGAGUCGACGAAGGAAAUGGCAAGGACUUACAGGACUUUGCCGUGGAAACUGGACUUUUGUACUGCCAAAGAAACCUUGACGGUACCUUUGUUUCUUUUUCAACUUGAGUGAAAACAGGAUUUUGUACAUUUUACAAACACCAAAUGUUAAGUUUCUUGUUUUAAGGAUAUUAACCCCCCACACACACACACACACACUUCACAAUUGAAAUUGGAACUUGAUUAUUUUUUAAAUUAUUUUUAUGUCUUUUGUUUUCUCCAUCAAAGUGUUUUAGUUGUUUUAUGUAAUUACCCCAUGCACGAAUGUAGCUCAAAGUCCCCAGUAGUUAAAACAUCAGUGCCAGUACCUUCAUGUGCUGGAGCUAGAUAGCGAUGUUUAACUCUGAAGAUGAGCGUGAUCCCCUCUUUCUCUCUACCUCCCCCUCGCCACCCAUGGCUUUUUAAAUGAGCAUGCUCAAACCCAGCACUUUAAUCAUUCAUAGUUAAGUCCAAAUUUGAGUUAACUUAAAUUAACGUAAGUGACACCAAAACAUGCAUUAGAGCAUAGGCCAACAUAAUUAUUUGUAUAGGACACUGUAAUGGAGUGGUCCUUUCCCUAACCCUGUGAAAUGUAGGUUAGUCUAGUAUUUCUCCUGCCCUGGUAAAAAAUAAAGUGCCUCCUCUCACUGUUGGAAGGGCUCCAGAAGAGAAGGGUAGCAGAAGACCCAGGGAAGUUUACUGUAACACGCAGUUCAUCUCCCCACAGUUUCCAUCAUAGCUUCAGAUUGAUGGUACUGAUGAAAAACAUUCAUAUGAUCUCCAACCUAGUGGAUUCAGACGUGUUUGACUUCCUUUACUGGAUGCACAGUGCAUUAAUGGGUGUGUGUUUGCUCUGAAAUCUGAAAGUGGAACAGUUCAUGUACACUAUGGUUGCAAUGUUACUAGGUACGGUAACCCCUACAUGGUAAGCUUCCACCUGAACCAAACUGACAGCAGCCAGGUCUGUGUUUUUGAUGACAAAGACCUGGUGUGUAGUCUCAUGUGCCUCAUGACUGGUCAUAUUAGACUUGAUAGCAUGUGUAACCUAUUUGACUGUAUUCUGAGUCAUGAAUCUUCAGACAUGCUGUAAACAUUAAUGUUACUCCUGCUGUGUGACAUUUCAUACUGGCCAGGUAAAUAAAAUAUGCACUUUGUAAAGAAAAGCCAUCUAUGGAAGCAUCUGACAUUCAGACCACAUGCUUUUAUAUUAUACAUGUUCUUGGUAGAGCCCAGAUUCUCAAUCCUCAUCUCCUUCCCUGCUUUGAUCCAUGUCUAAUCUGAUUUUACUGUGUCAGUAGCGUAGCAUGGAGUUUAACGAGGAGAUUACAUGGAAUUGAGAUGGUCUGUUGGCCAGGGAUGAGCGAUAAAUGCCUUAUUGUGUUAUCACUUCAGCCUUGGAUGUGCAGGUCCUAUCUUAAACUAGCCCCUAAACCCUACAUCCUAUGAUAGGAGACCUAGAUCUGUUUGACGGGCUGGCAAUAAGACAGCGAUACCCACCAAUAAGCCUGUCCAAGGGUAGGCUAGUGCAAUUAUCAUGCAUCCUGGCUGUUACCUCAGGAGUUUCCGUGUGCAUAGGGCUCUGGUGGAGAGGGCUGGAUCUGGGAGGGAUCUGGCCUCUGCUGCUUUAGCUUUCAUGUUCAUCUAUGUCCACUUCUGCUCUGUGUCUUCCCUGUACUUCCUGGACUAUUCUUGGGUUUGAUGUCUACUGUGUUGCAGUAGUCCAGAUUUACCCAAUACCUCUGAUAGGCCUGUAUGUUUGAUGACUGGUCUCUAGAAUAACAUUUAUGUAGGUUGUUUCUUGAAGAUCUCAAAACCGAUCUGGAUGUGUCCAUGUUCUGGUUAGGACCAGUUCCAUCCUCCUGGUGUCCAGCAUGACUUGAGAAAGUGUUACUCUUGCAAAACACUUGUUAUAAGAGGGUUUCACUUAUGAAGUGUAUUUUAAUCAGAUAAAAUGUCGCUAUUGCUUGUCAAUGAAAUUGGCUUGUCGACCCCAAAUAAUACAGUAUUACUAUUACUGAGUAAUUCCCCCUGUCUCAGUGCGUGCUUUUCAUUCAUAAACUGGAUAAAUAUAUUGGGAGCAUGGUUAAUGAAACCAGAGUAGUGGGACACCUUUGAAUGUUUACUUGUGGCAUGGGUUUGACACAAUUUUAACUAAUUUGAUGAACACCAUUUGAUGGUUGGUUAAUUAACAAAAUCAUUAAACCUCUCAACAGUUUAUUCUCAAUAUUCUGGAGACAAACAUUCCAAGAACUCAAAAGUACCCAAUCAUGUCUCAUACCCUUGGUUUACACCCUACCAGAUCAGACACCUGUUUCUCAUACCCCAAGUGUUAAAGUUUUAAUGUUGAUGGAGAACUGUAUGAAUGUCUAUACUGUCUAUCCCACCCCUGUAUUGUCAUUGUUAAAAAGCCAAAUGUUGAACCCCGAAUUCUGUAUUGAAAUAUACAACUUUUGAAUUAAAGAUAUACUACAUAAUA